UUGCUUGGAACAUCACUACCCACAAUCCUCUGCGCUUUUCCGCAAGCCCAGUGGGCGGAGAUCGAACGGAAACAUGGCAGCGGGCGUCUUAACUAGAGUAACGCAGGUUCUCCGAAGACCUCGGUUGGUCUCUCCUGUGUUCUCAUGUCACGGACAGACGUUCAGCUCCGCAGCAGCUGCAGUCAAAUCAACGAGAGACACCGCUGCCACAGAGAAAAUCCAGAACUUCCCACUUACUCAACCAGACUAUUUCCGCUUGUCUGAGCUCUUCACCAUAAAGGACCUGUUUGAUGCCCGUGUGCAUCUUGGACACAAGAAAGGCUGCCGACACAGGCUGAUGGAACCGUAUCUGUUCGGCUCUCGUCUGGAUGUUGACAUCAUAGAUCUGGAGCAGACAGCAGAACACCUCCAGCGGGCGCUGAACUUCACGGCUCACGUGGCGUACCGAGGCGGGGUCAUCCUGUUCGUGAGCCGCAGGCGGCAGUUCGGGCACCUGGUGGAGUCGACGGCGAGGGAGUGCGGAGAAUACGCUCACACGCGCUACUGGAAGGGAGGAGUGCUCACCAACGCCCCUAUCCAGUUCAGCCCCGGGGUGAGACUUCCAGACCUCAUCAUCUUCUUCUCCACGCUCAAUAACGUUUUCCAGCAGCACGUCGGGAUCCGGGACGCAGCCAAAAUGAAUAUUCCCACUGUCGGGAUUGUGGACUCUAAUUGUAACCCCAGCCUUAUCACGUACCCAGUGCCAGGAAACGAUGACACUCCUGUUGCGAUUGAGAUGUACUGCCGGCUAUUCAAAAUGACAGUGAACAGGGCAAAGGACAAGAGGAGGCAGAUGGAGCUUCUCAAGGGUAUUUCAGCCUCAGGAUAGGAGGAGCAAUGAGCUUCACAGUGCUAAUCACAGUGUUCGUCCACAUAUAGAAAGCUCAGUGGAAAAUGAUUAACUGCAGUUCAAAUUCAGACAUAUUAAUGUAUUUUUCUUAUUCAAGUUUAAUACGUAAAAAUGAACCAUCCCUGAACUGAAGAAUUCCAACAACUGUAAAAAUCCAGUGGCUUCAAACUGAAUAUUUAUUGGUUUUGUUUUGAUUUCCAUUGCUUACUUGUUAUGAACCCAAUAAAGUCUCGCAAACCCAUAGUGCGAUA